UAACUGUCCACGUGGAAUCAGAAUUAGCCGCCAAAACUGUUAUCGAGAGGAGUGCCGAGAGCUUUCUUGAUGGGAAGGUUCUCUCUCUCUUCCUUACCCAACAGAUCGGAGUAUCCGAGAUCCUUGGAAGGCACUCGGACAUGGCGACCUGCCUUCGGAGAUCCGUGAAAUUGCGCUCUCUGUUGCAGCGAUCGGCGGUGGACGAUGCCUCUCCUGUAAUACCAGUGGCCGUCCCUUCCCUAUCUGGUAAUAGUGGCGCUUCCUCUUUUUCCUCUUCCACCGCAUCGGCUUCGCCCCCCUCGUCAUCGUCUGAUAAAUCUCCGAAGGUGGUAAAGAAGCUUGUUGAUCGUCUUUCAGCUGUUAUUGACGCUGUUAACGAUCGCAAAUUACCUCCUGAACUUCGAGGUCAGCGCAACAAUGUCAGAUCAGAAACUGAUAUCAUCAACGUUGUGGAGCAAAGAAUAUGGCAUUCCAUGGAAGAAGGACAGUUCGAAAACUUGCCGGGGAAAGGCAAGCCACUUAAGCUAGACAUGAAUCCUCAUGCAGACCCAGCUGAAGAUACGUUGUACAGAAUCCUAUCAAAAAAUGGUUGUGCACCGGAGUGGGUUGAGCUUAACAAAGAAAUAAGAACUAAUAUAUCUGAAUGGAGGGCAGCAUUGAAAAAAGCUUGGAUAAAUAAAUGCAGUGAUAAUCUUAAGUGGGUAGAGAGUUCAGAAGUUUUGAAAACGCAAUUACGUGAUAUCAAUAAUAAGGUUUUUCGAUAUAAUCUCAUCGUCCCUUUUGGUAGGCAAAUGUUUGGCCUUAAUUGGGAGAAAGAGCUUGGGCGUUUAGAAGAAUAAGGACUCUCAGUAUUUUCAGUCUGUUAAGCCUUAAGCAGGUUGAUUGAUUCUCGUGGAAAAUCAAAUUUUGUUUAAUCUUGUUGGACUGUCAUGCCGAGUAACUUAUCAGUUGACUCAAACCGAGUGAAAUAUCAGUUGCCUAGCUCAAACUAUGGUUAAAUCCUUUCAUCGGUUUUGUUGAUGGUGUUGCAGUUUGGAUGUCUCCAUCAUGUAAGAUCAAGGGACACAAAAUUUUAAUAGCAUGUACAAGAAAAAACUUUAUACUAGUUGUCACUUCUAUGUUAAAGUAAACAGGGUUAAUUGUGCAA